UAAUAUGUUGGUCGCUAAUUCCUAUUUCUAUUGAUAUUUCAUGAUUCAAAGGAUGUAGAUUAAUUGACAUUCAUGUAGCAUAUAGCCAUGAAUUCUAUGUAUUUUUCAAGUAUCUGAGAAAUGCCUCAUCGUGUUACCGCGAGGGCAAAAUCAUUUUCUUCUCAACCAUCAAUUGCUCAAAAAUUAAAAGAUGAUCCUGUAGAUCCUAAAAAUGCUCAGGGUAGCGUUACAUGUGUUUACCAAUCUCAUAUCGGUGGAUAUUGGCGUAAUGUGACUGUUAUAUGGAGAAAAAAUAUGAUGAAUCAUUGCCUUACCAUAUCUGUUGAUAGCGUAGAAAAUGAAGAUCAUCAAACUUGCAAGAUUGAUCUAAAACCUUGGCAUUUUUGGGCUAAAAAAGGUUACAAGACAUUUGAGGUUGAUGGACAUCAAUUGGAGGCUUAUUGGGAUUUAAGAUCAGCAAAAUUUUCUGGUAGUCCUGAACCAUUUAAAGAUUUUUAUGUUGCGUUAAUUGCAGAGGAAGAAGUUGUUUUAUUAUUAGGUGAUUACAAGAAAAAAGCUUAUAAGAGAACAAAAUCAAGGCCAGCUCUUGUAGAUGCAUUGUUGUUUUACAAAAAAGAACAUGCUUUUGGUAAGAAAAGUUUCUCAACAAGGGCUAAAUUUGAAAACAAUAAAAAAGAAAGUGAUAUUGUUGUAGAAAGUUCAACUUCAGGGCCAAGAGAUCCUGAAAUGUGGAUAAGUAUAGAUGGGAUUGUUUUGAUUCACAUAAAGAAUUUGCAAUGGAAAUUCAGGGGAAAUCAAACGGUACUAGUUAACGAGCAGCACGUACAAGUGUUUUGGGAUGUGCAUUCUUGGUUGUUUUGUGAACCUGGUUCUACUCAUGGAUUGUUCAUUUUUAAGCCAGGGGUGUCUGAAUUGGAAAGUGACAGAGACGGAAGUAGCGUUGGAGGUGACAGUGAUUGUAGCGAUCAUACUAAGUAUUAUUCAACGUUGAGUCACUCCAGAGCCUCUCCUUUUUGCCUUUUCUUGUGCGCGUGGAAGAUUGAGUAACAAUGAAAGAGAGAAGGAGAACAUGUGUAGGUGGUAUGGAAGUCCUAAGGGGAGGUAUGAUGCGGAGACGGAUACAAAUUGUAAACUUGAUGAGUUCAACCUUUAAAGGUUCUCAGAAUUUAAAUUUGUUGUUGUUUAAGUGAAAUUUCACGUGUAUAUUUAUGUAUUGUAUCGAAAACAAUUAGUUUAAUUGAACUCGUCAAAUUCAAGGUCCGUUCGCUUUUGGAUCAGGAUGCUUGGCUAAAAUGGUACACCACAAAUUUUAGCCUGAGCUUUUUUGUUCCAAAGUGAUUGCCUCUG